AUGAAUCAAGAAAAUAAACGUACAAAACUUGAUUAUGCUGCUCAAAAUGGUCGCCUUGAAGUAAUAAAAUAUUUACAUUCUAAAGGAUAUAAAGGAACAGAAUGGGCAAUUAAUUAUGCUGCAGGAAAUGGUUCUGAAUGGGCAAUUAAUUAUGCUGCAGGAAAUGAUGACCUUGAAGUAGUAAAAUAUUUACAUUCUAUAGGAUAUAAAGGAACAGAAAAAGCAAUUGAAUACGCUGCAAUGAAGGGUCACCUUGAAGUAAUAAAAUAUUUACAUGAAUUAGGGUAUAAAUGUGACAAAUGGUAUAAAGGUACUGAAUGGGCAAUUAAUUAUGCUGCAGAAAAUGGACACCUUGAAGUAGUAAAAUAUUUAUAUGAAUUAGGGUAUGAUUGCUUUCAUGUUGCAAUUGAUUUUGCUGCAAUGAAUGGUCACCUUGAAGUAAUUAGUAGCCGUGGUGCAGUGGUUAAAUCAACCAAAGGUUGCGGGUUUGAACUCGCUCGAAGCAUUUAA